UAAUUUAAACAUUGUCAAUCCGUCAACCAGAGAUGUUCAUCCGGUUCGCCUGGUUCCUGGUCAUUAUUUUGAGCGUGCAAGUUCAACAAUUUUCCACGGUUGAUCAAAACCAAACCUGCCUCCACGACAUCGAACAUGACGUGGAAGAAGCGUUUCAUCAUCGCCACAAACGCUGGCUCACCAUGAUCCCGAACGGUGGAGUUUGCAAAAUUGUGCUGAGUUCGGUGACACCGGUCCGGUGGGCCCACAAAGUGGUCCGCAGCGUUGCCCUGGCCGUCAACCUGCAGGCCAACUACGCCAUUCCGGCGAGGAUCAUCUGGCCACACGCGGAGAACUUCUUCAAGGAGCGUGUCCUGAGCGAGGAUUACGUGGACAAUAGCCGGAAGGACCUGUACCGGUUGCUGGAACGAAUCUUCCAAUCGUGGGGAGGUGAUGGCCGGGAGUGUCUGCUGAAAACGAUUUGUCAAGUGGCGGAAACCCCGUUGCAGCAUAACGGGUUGAUUGGGGAAAUCCUGGAUGUGGUGUUUACACCACCGGACGACGCCGCACUGGAUGAAGACUACAAGAUGGCGAAAUUAAACGGUGUCAGUGGAGGUGAAGAAUGUGCUCGAAUAUACAGUAAGUGUUCUGUUGAACAUGAAUUUCUGAACAAAAUUUCAAAACUUAUUGAUAUUUCAAUUUUUAAAAACACGCACCUACGUCACAGACCACAACAGCAGCAGUGGUGCGACCUCAGACCUGAACUUUGCGCCCACCAUCUGGGGGCCAAGCCAUCAGGGGUGGUCGGUCGGGUUGGUUCAACGAGGGCAAACCCGCAGAAGCCAAAAGCCACCGAAAUGACGCCAAUCUUCAUUAAAAGCCACGCAGGCAGAAGUGCCCUCGUGGAGAAGUGA